GGGAUUCUCCAGGCAAGAACACUGGAGUGGGUUGCCAUUUCCUUCUCCAAAAAUGGGGAUAAUAAGAAUAAAUAAGAGUAUCUAUCUCAUAGAGCAGUGAGAAUCCAAUGAGUUCAUGCAUUUAAGUAUUUACAGCGGUGUUGGCACCCAGUAAGUAUUAAUACUCAAAAGCCCAGAGUUAUGACUAUUAAUGUUUUUGUCUGGAAGCUUGUAGGGCAAAGGGCCCUGAAACCUCCUUGCAUUCUCAACAAAACCAAUAGGAGGUCCUCUGAGCUGUCCCUGGCCACCCCUCCUGCAGGCACACUCAGGCGGUCUAAGGCACCAGUGUAGGGAUCCACCAGACAGCAAACCUAAGGGCAGACCGCCCCCAACCCAUCGACCCCUCUAUCUGGGCCUCAUUUCUGAGGUCCCUGCGCGGUGGAGAGAGGCCUUGACAGCCAGGGGACCCUGAAUCUACUGGAUGGCUACUGAUGUCAUGGUGCUGGGGACACAGAGGUGAACAGCACAGAAAGGUCGUUUCAGGGACUCUCCUUACCUAGGGAUUCCUGAUGUGGCUGGAGAAGAACCCUCGAGCUUUUACAGCCGGGCCCAGGGUGGGUGAGCCCCCCGCUAGCCGCUCGGGAGGCUGUCCCCGGGGGCAGGAUAGUGAGGGCGGGAGAGAGCUGAGCCUCCAGGACGGGUCUGCGCGACCGACCGCGGCUCUUCCCGGCCGGCGCCAAGCCUGUGGUCGCAGAGAAAGGCAGGGAGCUGGGGUCAGGCUGGGUGUGCCCGACGGGGGCGAGAGGAGGGGCUGGGGGAGGGGCAUAGGGGCACGCUGUGGCUCCAAAUUCGAGGAGGAGGAGAGUCUGGCCGGGAAGCAGGACGCCGGCUUCCCGCGACCACCCCCAUCAGCAGCCGCCGACGCAGUGUCCACCCCGCUGGCGGCGCGCCGACUGUAAGAGGGACGCGGGUGACUGCCCCCCGGCCUCUCGCAGCGCAGGGGCUUACGCAUCACCAGUGAGGCCAAGCCUUCACUGCAGCUUGAACCACAUCCUAGAAACAAGAUGGCCACAGAGAGACUGGCGUAUUCCUGAGCAUAUGGGGGGUGAGGCCCCAGCAGGCCCGAAGAUGGGGAACGUCACGGCAGACAACGCCUCGAUGAACUGUGACAUUGACCACACCAUCCACCAGACGCUGGCCCCGGUGGUCUACGUCAUGGUGCUGGUGGUGGGCUUUCCGGCCAACUGCCUGUCCCUCUACUACGGCUACCUGCAGAUCAAGGCCCGGAACGAGCUGGGCGUGUACCUGUGCAACCUGACAGUGGCCGACCUCUUCUACAUCUGCUCCCUCCCCUUCUGGCUGCAGUACGUGCUGCAGCACGACCACUGGUCCCACGACGACCUGUCCUGCCAGGUGUGCGGGAUCCUGCUCUACGAGAACAUCUACAUCAGCGUGGGCUUCCUCUGCUGUAUCUCCAUCGACCGCUACCUGGCCGUGGCCCACCCCUUCCGCUUCCACCAGUUCCGCACCUUGAAGGCCGCCAUGGGCGUCAGUGCGCUCAUCUGGGCCAAGGAGCUGCUGACCAGCAUCUACUUCCUCAUGCACGAGGAGGUGGUGGAAGACGCCGACCGGCACCGCGUCUGCUUCGAGCAUUAUCCGCUCCAGCCGCGCCAGCGCGGCAUCAACUACUACCGCUUCCUGGUGGGCUUCCUCUUCCCCAUCUGCCUGCUGCUGGCCUCCUACCGGGGCAUCCUGCGGGCCGUGCGCCGCAGCCACGGGACCCAGAAGAGCCGCAAGGACCAGAUCCAGCGGCUAGUGCUCAGCACCGUGGUCAUCUUCCUGGCCUGCUUCCUGCCCUACCACGCGCUGCUGCUGGUGCGCAGUCUCUGGGAGUCCAGCUGCGACUUCGCCAAGGGCAUCUUCAAUGCCUACCACUUCUCCCUGCUCCUCACCAGCUUCAACUGCGUGGCCGACCCCGUGCUCUACUGCUUCGUCAGCGAGACCACGCACAGGGACCUGGCCCGCCUCCGCGGGGCCUGCCUGGCCUUCCUCACCUGCGCCAGGACCGGCCGAGCCCGGGAGGCCUACCCGCUGGGCGCCCCCGAGGCCUCCGGGAAAAGCGAGGAUCCCGAGGUCCUGACAAGGCUCCACCCGGCCUUCCAGACCCCCCACCCACCUGGAGUGGGAGGGUCUCCCCCAGGUGGGCUGUCCUAGCCGGGUCACCCCAUCACCCACGUGCGGGACGAGGCGAGGCCUGAGCCUGCUCCAUGGCUGCUGCCCUUUUGGCCAAGGCAGCUGCCUCUUGCUGCUGGAGGGGACAGUGGGUGGGGCCGUGGGCCCCUAGGUCUGGGCCAUAACACAACCUCUCUGGUUUCCAGGGAGCCUGGUGUGACUGCCAAGUCCAACAGGGCUGCUAGCUGAAUGUGGAGAUAAGCCCCGAAAGCAUGUGGGGGGUCAUCUGCCAUCGGCUGGGCUGCUGGUGGGAAGAAGACUCACCUCCAGGAGGUUUUCAGAGAAGCUCGUGGGGGGACAGAGUGUGAGGACGUGGAGAGAGGGGCCUGGGAGAGGAGGCAGGUACCCAGGUGCUCACCUGCCGGGGCCUUCCAAUGCCAGAGGUGACCCUUGUCCAAAUGUACUGGUGUUACCUGAGAAGAUGAUGCAGGAAGGUGUGUUUCAUCCUUACCACUUGAGCCCCACCCCGUGGAGGUUGGAUGGGGAGAGGGAAUGUGGGGAGGGGUUGAGGCCCUGAGAGUGUGUGUGGCAGGGACAGUGGGGGAGGGACAAGCAGAGGAGAGACCCCAGAUCCAGGCAACUCACAGUUUUCACCGGCAGGGAGAUUUGAGCGGAUUCUCCAAGCCCCAGCUCUAAUGCACAGCAAAUCCUAGAGCUCCAUGGGGCUCUGGCGGGUGAUGUCUAUGAUCCUUUAAAGUCAGCACUGAAGUUCAAGUGUCAGGUCAGAGGCCUAAAGCAGUGUGUUCAACCGACAGAUCCCUCCCAAUUCAACUUCUGUUGCUAUCUGCCCCAAAGUAUACAAGACCCAGAAGUCUGGGGCUCUGUAUGUGUAUGUGUGCCUGUGGUUAAAAUGCCAGGGUCUCCGUGACUGCUCUGGUCCAAGACACCGAGGCUAACUAAGGUCAUAGGACUGCUGAUAUGUUUGCCACAUACACAGACGAGUGCCUGGCAGUCUUUGAGAAGAGCGUGACAUUCACCCCAAGGUCUUAGAUGCAGCAAAACAAAUACAAGAGAUGAAUUCUCUGGCAUCUUUCAGCCCAAAGGGUGGGGUGAAGCUCCACUGUGGUUUAAGUAGCCCCUGUGACAAAGAGAGGAAAAGACCCUGGGCUUGUCUUGCCUCCUUGGUCCUCCAUCUCCACUCCUCUGCCCAAGUGUUCCCCCUCACCCACCUGGAGAGUGACGGGAUGGCCCACUGGCUACAUGUUGUCUCUUGUUCCGUCCUAGAAGACUGGUUACAGGGCUCAUCUCUCCUGAAGCUUCCCACCCAGUCAUGUUAAGCUUCUGCCUGGGGAAUACACCAAGGACCAGAAGAGCGUCUUGCUACUCCAGGGACCUGCCCACCUUUCAGAAAUGCUAGCCCUUUAGAUUUCCUGGAGUGGACCGGCACCAGUUCUGACUUCCCUCAGAGACCUGGAAUCUGAGCUCUUACAGCCAAGGAUCUUGGUGGGCUCAAGCCUGGGGAGGGACCAGGGAUGGGAAGAUAGAAGCUGGUAUCAGUGGGACAUUUCUGGAAUCUGCUGAAGAGGGACCACAGAGAACAUCUUCAGUCUCUCCUUGUGUCUGUCUUACCCUCUCCCAGAGAUAGAUCCACCCCAAGUUUCUUAACCCUCUCUUCAGAGGCAUCCAGAGGCCGAUAGCCUAGGCUGGAUGUGCCCUAAGGAAGUGGGAUUCCAAGUCUAUACUUGAUUCUGACUGUGUGUAAUCCCUGCCCCAGCUCCUUCUGUAGGGUCUUCCAUAACCUGGGGAGGUUCUCUUCCCCUUCAUAGAGGAGGAAGUGACCAGGUCUGAAGGUGGAAAAAAUGAACAUACAGCCAAGAAAAACCCAGGAUCUUACAGAGGCAAUGGCACUGGCUGAGGCCUCCAUACCUCCUCAUUUCAAAUUCCCUCCUAUUUUGAUCUUAAACAUGGGCAUUCCCACUGGGAUAAACUGGCAUGAGCUGAAGGCAGUUUCAUUUAUUAUCAAGAGUUGUAUUUUUGUAUUGUCCUUUCUUUUAUGCCAAGUAUACGUGUGUUGGACCAUGCAGUGGAUUUAUGUAGCAAACUUGAGUCUGCAAAUAAAGCAACCUAACCAGCCACA